AGCUCAUCAGACCAGCAUCGCAACCACCGGGACGCUCCACUAAUCAGAUAUCGCCUUAAUGCUCUAGUUACCUCUUAAUAUUCAGGAGAGAUUGCCUCCAGCUCCAAUAACCUACAUUAAUCUAAUAAAUCCACACCAACAUCUCGAAGAUGUUAACCUCCGGACUCACCAACGCCUCGAUCUCCAAAUCCCUCCUCAUCUACACCAUCGCCUCCUCGGUGGCUCUCGCCAUCUUCGACCUUAAACAUCUCACUAGUAUCCAGGUCGUUCCGCACAUCUGGCAAUAUGGACAGUUCUGGCGCAUCCUGGUGUGGCAGGUAGCCGGAUUCGCGAACUCGACGGAGGCGCUAUUCGCCGCAAUGUUGGUGUAUCAUCUACGAGUCGUCGAACGCGCCUGGGGGAAGAGGAAGUUUGCCACCUUCCUCCUCACCACACUCCCCUACACAACCCUCCUCCCACCCCUCCUCCUCAUCCUUGUGCUCCGACCCGUGACCCUCGGAAAAAUGAACUACCUCCCCUCCGGACCUGUAGCGACCAUCUUCGCCUUAUUAGCGCAAUACCACGCCUCAAUCCCAUCUACCUUCCGCUACCGGAUCUCCACGUCAUCGUCGUCUUCUGAUUCGAACGAUACAAAAGACCAACCGCAACAGAGCAACAAGUCCCUCACUCUUACAUUGUCUGAUAAAUCUACAACAUAUAUCGUCGCUGCGCAACUGGCUUUGUCGCAGUUUCCGGCGAUGAUCGUCCCCGCUGCGGUGGGAUGGCUGGUUGGUGUGGCCUGGCGGAUGGAGUUCCUGCCUGGGACUGGCGCAUGGAGGGUCCCGGCGUGGAUGGUGGGGGAGAAGGAGCGGAGAGUUGUUAAUGGCGCUGGUGGAGGAGAUGGUGGGAGAUAUGAGGAUCUAAGGAGGAGGUUGGAGGGAGAGGCUAUUGCGGCGUCGGCGAGUUCGUCGGCUACGGGUGCGGCGGGGGAGACUGUGGGACAGAGGUUGAGGAGGAGUGGGGGAAUAUAGAUUAGAGGGUUUGUUUCAUGUAGUUAUUACGAUAUAGCAGUGUUUUAUAACUUCAAUUGUUCAAGGCUUAUGG